AAAUAAAUAAAUAAGGCGCGUGAGCCCCGUAGGGCCGGGGAGGCACCAGCUGCCGCGCGGGGAGGAGGCCGAGGCCGCAGCUUGAGGGAGGCCCCGGCCCCUCUGCGCCUGUGUCUGGCAGAGCCGGUGUGAGACGAAGAGACAAUCCUUCCCUGCCGCCCGGAUAAUCAAGAGUUUUGGCCGGACCUUUGAGCACACACCGAGAGAGGGAGGAGCCAGACGAAAAGCACAGACUAUGGCGCUGAAACGGAUUAAUAAGGAACUUAGUGAUUUGGCCCGUGACCCUCCAGCACAAUGUUCUGCAGGUCCAGUUGGGGAUGAUAUGUUUCAUUGGCAAGCCACAAUUAUGGGACCUAAUGACAGCCCAUAUCAAGGCGGUGUAUUCUUUUUGACAAUUCAUUUUCCUACAGACUACCCCUUCAAACCACCUAAGGUUGCAUUUACAACAAGAAUUUAUCAUCCAAAUAUUAACAGUAAUGGCAGCAUUUGUCUCGAUAUUCUAAGAUCACAGUGGUCUCCUGCUUUAACUAUUUCUAAAGUUCUUUUAUCCAUUUGUUCACUGCUAUGUGAUCCAAACCCAGAUGACCCCCUAGUGCCAGAGAUUGCACGGAUCUAUAAAACAGACAGAGAUAAGUACAACAGAAUAUCUCGGGAAUGGACUCAGAAGUAUGCCAUGUGAUGCUACCUUAAAGUCAGAAUAACCUGCAUUAUAGCUGGAAUAAACUUUAAAUUACUGUUCCUUUUUUGAUUUUUCUUAUCCGGCUGCUCCCCUAUCAGACCUCAUCUUUUUUAAUUUUAUUUUUUGUUUACCUCCCUCCAUUCAUUCACAUGCUCAUCUGAGAAGACUUAAGUUCUUCCAGCUUUGGACAAUAACUGCUUUUAGAAACUGUAAAGUAGUUACAAGAGAACAGUUGCCCAAGAUCAGAAUUUUUUUAAAAAUGGAGCAUGUGUAUUAUGUGGCCAAUGUCUUCACUCUAACUUGGUUAUGAGACUAAAACCAUUCCUCACUGCUCUAACAUGCUGAAGAAAUCAUCUGAGGGGGAGGGAGAUGGAUGCUCAGUUGUCACAUCAAAGGAAGCAGCAUUAUUCUAGCAUCCAGUCUUUUUUUAAGCCUUCCACUGUUAGAGAUUUGAGGUUACAUGAUAUACUUUAUGCUCAUAACUGAUGUGGCUGGAGAAUUGGUAUUGAAUUUAUAGCAUCAGCAGAACAGAAAAUGUGAUGUAUUUUAUGCAUGUCAAUAAAGGAAUGACCUGUUCUUGUUCUACAGAGAA